AUGGCCGCCGACUCAGGGAGAUACUCGAUGGCACGCCCCCUCGCCCGCCGCCGCUCAUUGGCUGGAAGCAUUAGAAUUUGCUACACGGCGGCGUUCGAAGCUCUUCUCCCGUUCCCUCCUCCGCCUCCGCCCACGCCGACCUCCCCGCGCUUGUGCAACUGGCUGGGCUCGGGGCCAGUUGGGGGCCUGCGGAGCCACACGCGUGGCCGGGCGGCCGUGGGAAAGUUGCUCUGUGCCCGGCUGGCGGCCAAGCGGGGCCGGCGGCGGCGGCGGCACUGA